GCGUGGUUCGCCCUACCAACGCGCUUGGCAGUGCGACGAGGAGGACUUGUUCAUAAGGAGUAGGGAUGCGGCGGGAGGCGGCGGAGCCGAAGGAGGAGGCCGCCCCUUCCCGCUGCCCCCCCCGGGCGCGCCGCCGAGAUAAGAAACCAUCCUGAUCCGUAGCCACUUUGACUCAAGCGCGUUGCCAAACUGAUUGGUUCCCAGCAGGGGUUGCUUCAGUGGCAUUCGGACCAGCCGCCGACGCUCAGCAUGACGCGUGCCGCGAGGGUCUCCAGCAGAGGUAAUGCCGAGAUGACGGCCCGCUUCUUGCACAAGACUCGGCUGUGCAUCUACUACUCGAAGGGGUACUGCGCCCGCGGGGAAGACUGCAACUUUGCGCACGGAAGUGGGGACGUGAGAACAGCUCCGGACUUCUCGUACACGCAGCAGUGCAGGAGCUUAGUGAAGACCGGGCGGUGCAGGCAGGGCGACGCGUGCAAGUUCGCCCACGCGGCGGGGCAGCUCAGGCCGUGGGAGGGCAGCGAGGAGGGGGAGGAGUACAACGAGUCGGGCUCCCAGUACGGCUCCCAGUGCGGCUCGCAGGAGUACCACACAGCACACCGGGCGGCCCCGUACGAGCUGCCGCAGCCGCAGUGCCAGACCCCCUGGGCCCAGGACGACCGUUCGGCGGCCGCCCUCGCCGCCCCGCUGCCGCGGGGCGCCUCCUCCGCGCACCCUGGGCAGGACUCGUCGCCGCCACUGACGGCCACAGUCAAGCGCACGUUCCUCCACGUCUUCGCUGUGGACGAGGACGAUACCUUCGACGACUUCCGCCGCUGCUCGUCCGCUCCGCCGAGGGCCCGGACGCACUAGUCGCUUCGGCGGCACCUACAGCGGUGCGCCAGUGAUGAGGGGCAGCGCUCAGCCCCUCGCUGUGUGCGCCCGCUGCCGCGGAGGACCAGUGACAUCGGGAGGGUGGUACGGAUAUGUUUUCCGCCCGCGACGAUAGGCCAGAGGCAUCUCACGGCCUGGGUGCAAGCUUCCCGCGCCGCGCCCAAGGCGCAGGGCGGGGAACUACCCCGCCCCCCCGAAUCCCAGGAUCUCUCCCUGGACGACGUCCCGUCUCGUCGAUACGACUUUUGGUUUUCUCCCGUGGCUGCCUCUGCAACUUGCAGAUCGGCUUCUCUAUUCAUCGCUUCGUAACGCUGCAGUAGGAUGCCCUGCAAGCGAACGUGCAUGCUCAUCCAGACCCUUUUGCGCAGACUGUAGCUGCUGCCUCUUUGCCUCCUUUCCCUCUUCCUGUUGCCUCGUCGUCGUCCUCGCAAGGAGCGCGGCGGUGCAGCCUCGAAGGCGGGCCCCCGUAGCAUGCUGCCAGCCCCUGCAGGGGCCUGGUGAUUGGCCUCCCCUCGUGGAGGUGAGCUGGAAGCCACCUCACUCUCUCGCCGUCUCGCUCUCCGCUCUACCUUCCUUCUCCGUCUCCCUUUUCUCCUCCCCCUCCUGCUGCUCCUCCUCCUCCUCCUCCUCCUC